AUGUCCUCUACCGCUCAGCAGGCCUCGGAUGUGGCUGCAUCUAUCUCCAAGUUGACUAUUACCCCGGCUAAUAACGACACCCACCGCAAACCAAAUGCGAAAAAAGCCGGGACCAAGACAAAGAAGAAAGUCGCAGAUUCGUGGGAAGACGAGGAUGUAUCUUCCGAUCCAGAGUCCGGUUCUGAACCCGAAUCCGGUGGCCCCGACAGCAGCGUCCCCAUAGACUCGGCCGGCGGCAACUUGACGACGGGCACCAAAGCACCUCCGCCCACCCCAGUCACGCCCGACUACUCAACGAGUGCUAAUACCUUCUCAGCCACAACGGGCGACUUAUCCGAUGGGCCCAGGAGACCCGAGAAGACUGAUGCGGUGGCACGGCGCAUGAUAGCGAGUGCGUUGGGCGUAAAGGUUCCCAGGCAGACGGAAGAACAGAAGGCCUAUGACAAGGCUAUGCGUGAGAAGGAGCGCAAGAGGAGGGAAGAAGAAAGGGAACUCGAGAAGAAGAGACUAGAAGAGGCGGAGAAAGCGAAAAAGGCUAUCUGGGAAGAUUGA